UGUCACAUCACUUCGGUCCCACCAGCCAUCUUACUCGACGCUGGUUUUAUAAAACUCAAACCUUUUUUCCACUAAAUUGUGUACUUUUUUAUAACAAAAUUUCAAUUAAUUCCGCUCUAUUUGACGAUUAUUUAUUAUUUAAAUUAAAUAAAUAUAAACUAAAUACAAUUCUGCAAUGGGAGUACCAGCAUUCUUUAGAUGGUUAAGCCGUAAAUACCCAAGUGUUAUUAUUGAAUGCAAUGAAAACAAGACCGUUGACGAUGAAGGACGCAAUCAUUAUGAAGAUCCAACUCUACCGAAUCCUAACGGGAUAGAAUUUGAUAAUCUUUACCUUGAUAUGAAUGGUAUUAUACAUCCGUGUACGCAUCCGGAGGAUAAGCCGCCUCCUAAAAACGAAGAUGAAAUGAUGGUUGCGAUAUUCGAGUGUAUUGAUCGAUUGUUUGGCAUUGUCCGGCCAAGAAAACUUCUCUAUAUGGCCAUCGAUGGAGUGGCACCUCGGGCCAAAAUGAAUCAACAACGUUCGAGGCGUUUCAGGGCGGCCAAAGAGUCGGUGGAAAAACGUCUCGAAAUGGAACGUGUUCGCAGUGAGCUAUUGGCAAAAGGAUGCGUAUUACCUCCGGAGAAGCCAAAGGAGGAGCAUUUCGAUUCCAACUGCAUCACGCCUGGUACACCGUUUAUGCAGCGUUUAAGUGAAUGUCUGUCCUACUACAUUCAUGAGCGGAUGAACAACAACCCAGCCUGGAAAGGACUCAAGGUUAUCCUCUCGGAUGCCAAUGUCCCUGGCGAGGGUGAACACAAAAUCAUGGACUACAUUCGUAAGCAACGUUGCCAACCCGACCAUGAUCCCAACACUCAACACGUUCUGUGUGGAGCCGAUGCGGAUUUGAUUAUGUUGGGUCUUGCCACCCACGAACCCAACUUCACGAUCAUCCGAGAAGAAUUCCUUCCAAAUAAACCACGUCCGUGCGAUAUGUGUGGACAAUACGGCCAUGAACUUGAUAAAUGUGAAGGUCUUAAUGGAUCCAAUGCCAAUGCUGAUUUCAAACCCGAUGUGCCUGUUGGACAAGAGGUGAAAUUUAUCUUUGUGCGUUUGAGUGUGUUGCGUGAGUAUCUCAAGCGAACCCUGCAAAUGCCAAGUUUGCCAUUUAAGUACGAUUUUGAUCGAGCUCUCGACGAUUGGGUAUUCAUGUGUUUCUUCGUGGGAAAUGAUUUUCUUCCGCAUUUGCCGAGUUUGGAAAUUCGUGAAGGUGCCGUCGAUAGGCUUGUGGAACUGUACAAGAAGUGCGUCUACAAAACAGGUGGUUAUAUAACUAACUCCGGUGAGGUGAAUCUCGAUCGUGUGCAGUUGAUUUUGAACGAUUUGGGUAAUGCCGAAGAUCAAAUCUUCAAAGAUCGGCAGAAGCGUGAAAAACAGUUCCAGGCGCGGGAGAAGGCAAAGAAGCGACGUGAAGGAGAUAUUUCGGCCUACAAUAAUACACAAUUUGCCCCCACAGUACUCGGGAGGGGUAACCAACCAGGACAGAUAAGUAACUACAAACAAGAGGCUGCCAAUGUUCGCAAUAUGGGCGGACGAGCUGGUCUAGAUGCUUUGUUACGUCCCCAGCAAGGACAACAACAACAGCAGCAGCAGCAACAAGGAAGAAAAAGAACUUCAGAACAGGCGGGCUUGGACGACGACGAUGACGAAGAUGAACAGAAGCACGAUGAAGUACGUCUGUGGGAGGAUGGCUUCAAAGAUCGUUAUUAUGAAUCCAAAUUUGAUGUUGGAGCUGAAAAUUUAGAGUUUCGCUACUCUGUUGCGCUGCAAUAUGUAAGAGGUCUAAGUUGGGUUCUCAAGUACUACUACCAGGGAUGUGCUUCAUGGAAAUGGUACUUCCCCUAUCAUUAUGCCCCGUUUGCUUCUGAUUUCAAAAAUAUUGCUGGAUUGUCGACGUCAUUUGAGAGGGGAACAAAACCGUUCAAUCCAUUGGAACAGUUGAUGGGUGUAUUCCCGGCAGCUAGUAGCUCACAUGUACCCGCUCCUUGGGCAAACCUUAUGUCAGACCCUAAAUCAACUAUAAUUGAUUUUUACCCAGAAGACUUCAAAAUUGAUUUGAAUGGCAAGAAGUUUGCUUGGCAAGGUGUUGCUCUGCUGCCAUUUGUCGAUGAGCGACGAUUAUUCAAAGCUCUAAAGCCAUAUUAUUCUCUAUUGACAGAUGCUGAAGUAAAGCGUAAUAAAUGCGGUGACAGUCGAUUGUACAUUUCAACUGGAAAUGAUCAAUAUAAAAUAUUGAAAGCGCAAUAUACCAACAAGAUUUCAUUAGACAUCGAAGUUCCUAUUUCGAUGCAAGGAAUGGGUGGUCUAAUGCUGACAGCUGAAGAAAAUAUUCCAUUGCAAGGUUUAUUGCAAUCGCCUAUAAAGGGUUUGAAGGAUAUUUGUGGAAACGAUGUCAUCACGGUGAGAUAUCGAGAUCCUAAAUAUGACGCAGAUUUCGUAUUUCCAGCUGUGAGAUUAGAAAAUGCUAUUGAUCCACCAAAUGUAUUGGGACCUGAAGAUCGGGAAGAAGGUUAUAGACCGCAAAUUGGAUUUAAUCGUAAUUCACAAAGAGGAUCGUUAGGAGCAGCUGGACAUAGAAUGCUUAAUAAUUAUACCGGUGGUGGUAAUAAUAACAAUAAUAGAGGACAAAACUAUGCUCAGAUAGCCCCUCCAAAUAAUUAUAGUGAUCGUUAUAACUCGAACCAACAACGUGGUGGUAAUAAUUAUAACAGUUACCAACAAAUUGGAGGAAACAACGGCGGCGGUGGCAAUAAAUAUCAACAACAAGACAACAAUAGAUAUGGUGGCAACUCUGGAGGAGGUGGAGCUGGUAGCGGUAAUUGGCUCCAAAUUGGCAGUUCAACUCGUACCGGUUACGGUGGCGGCGGUGGCGGUGGCAACGCCGCCGGCGGUAGUUAUCAACAAAGAAAUUAUGGCAAUAGCAACUAUAAUAACAACCGUGGCAACAAUUCUGGAGGGUACAACAAUAAUCGUGGCGGAGGACGAGGCGGUUAUAACAAUAAUAAUCGCAGAUACUAGACAAUUAACAAAAAACAUAAAAAGAUUAACUUUUUAUUGCAAAAAACAAAAAGAAAACAAAAUAAAAACUUAAAAAAAAAGUAUUUAUAAAAAUUGUUUUAUAAAGAUUUAGGUUUUUAGUGAAAACGUAAAACAAAAAAUAAAUAACGUAAAAUAAUCUUAGGAUAAUAUUUUAAGUAAGGAAAAAUUAAAACAAUGAAAAGAAUAUAUUGAGUUUCUUAAUUAGCAUUAUUUCUUUUGAAUUACUGUUGGCAUUUGAAAUAAGUACCUUAAGUACAAUGAAAAUUGUACUAGCUCCAUAAAAACAUUGUUUUUGUUCCUUUUUUUUUUUAAUUUGAGACAUCCAUUCACAUCUCGUAAAUGAAACACCCAAUAAAAGUAAUAGAAAAGAAUCUUAACUAUAAA